AUGAGAAACCUGAGCUGGGCAUCUGCCUCUACCGCUCCCUCUGUAGACCCCGACAAGGAAUGGGGACCCGACCAUCCCCUACGACAUGAAGCUUAUGGUUGUAGGGGGCUUGGUGAAAAAACAUGCCACAACCUAGGAGCGCAUAAGUUGGAGGAGUAUAGUAGGAGGCUGGAUCGCCUUUGGGAAGCAGAGCUUAAGUUUGAUCCGUAUCCAGAACGCAUCGUCGCGCAUCACGUCCACAAGUUCUCGUUGCAUCCCGCUCAAUGGCAAGAUCAGGAUAUUGUGACGGCAUCAGAUGUGGGGCGGAUGGGCUACCAUGACCCAUACAUGGAAAUAUACCGAAGACAAUAUGUUCGUUACAUGACCCUCAAAGGUGCGGCGGACGGAGCUUUGGUUGAUGGCAUCGAGCGUAUACACAACCUCGGUCGUAUUGUAGAUCCUUCGGCUGUGGGUUGA